GCAUCCCGGCGGGCGAGGAGCGGAAGCCGCUAUCUGGAGGCGGACUGUGGCGCGACCGAGCCGGGGCGUCCGCUGCAACAGGGAAGCGCGGGGCCGGGGGGCCCGGCGGAGCCCGCUACGUCCCGCCGACCCGGAGACCGCGAGUGAGUGGGCAGCCCCGCUGGGGAAGGCGGCGGCGGCCCUGGCGGCUGCGCUGGGGCGCCCCUCGCGCAUCGCUCCAUGCCGGUGUGGUGCUGCCGCUGCUCCCUGACCGGUCAUUUCAGAAACUAUAGUGACAGUGAAACUGAAGGAGAGAUUUUUAAUUCCCUAGUGCAAUAUUUUGGUGAUAAUUUGGGGCAAAAAGUUAAAGCGAUGCCAUUAGUUGAAGAAACUUCUUUACUUGGGGACUCGUCUGUGACUUUGCCUGUGGUAAUAAUAGGAAAUGGACCUUCAGGAAUAUGCCUCUCCUAUAUGUUGUCAGGCUACAGACCAUAUUUAUCAUCAGAAGCAAUGCACCCCAAUGCAAUCUUACAUAGUAAAUUAGAAGAAGCAAGACAUCUUUCCAUUGUUGAUCAGGACUUAGAAUAUUUGUCUGAAGGUCUUGAGGGCCGAUCAUCCAAUCCAGUUGCAGUGCUUUUUGACACACUGCUUCAUCCAGAUGCUGACUUUGGGUAUGACUAUCCAUCCGUUUUGCAUUGGAAAUUAGAACAGCAUCAUUAUAUUCCUCACUUAGUUCUUGGUAAAGGUCCACCUGGUGGGGCUUGGCAUGUGAGUAUAUUUUUCCUGGAAUUUUGUAUAACAGCAUACGACAGAGAAGAGAUACUCAUGGAAACUAAAAGUACUGUCCUUAUAGAAUAUUUUCCCUUUUCCAGGAACCUAAAAGGAGAUCGAGUUAUGCCAGAGGAAAUAGCUCGUUACUAUAAACAUUAUGUAAAAGUCAUGGGUCUUCAGAAGAACUUCAGAGAGAAUACAUAUAUAACCUCCGUAUCAAGACUCUACAGAGAGCAGGAUGAUAAUGAUAGUCAAGAUGGAGAUGUUUCAACAAAGCAUUUACAGAUAGAGAAGUCAAAAUUUAUCAAGAGAAACUGGGAAAUCAGGGGUUAUCAGCGGAUAGCAGAUGGUUCUCAUGUUCCCUUUUGCCUUUUUGCUGAGAACGUAGCUCUAGCAACUGGAACAUUGGAUUCUCCUGCCCAUCUGGAAAUUGAAGGGGAAGAUUUUCCUUUUGUGUUUCAUUCAAUGCCUGAAUUUGGAGCUGCUAUAAACAAAGGAAAGUUGCGUGGCAAAGUAGAUCCAGUGUUAAUUGUAGGUUCUGGGCUUACUGCAGCUGAUGCAGUCCUGUGUGCUUACAAUAAUAAUAUCCCUGUGAUUCAUGUAUUCCGUAGACGAGUAACUGAUCCAAGCUUAAUUUUCAAACAGCUUCCCAAAAAACUCUAUCCUGAAUAUCAUAAAGUCUAUCAUUUGAUGUGUACUCAGUCAUAUUCUGUAGACUCAAAUCUUUUGUCUGAUUAUACAAGUUUUCCUGAGCACCAUGUGCUUUCCUUUAAGUCAGAUAUGAAAUGCAUUCUUCAAAGCAUCUCUGGAUUGAAGAAAAUAUUUAAGCUGUCUGCAGCAGUAGUAUUGAUAGGUUCUCAUCCUAACCUAUCCUUUUUAAAGGAACAAGGGUGUUACCUAGGCCAUAACUCAAGUCAGCCAAUCACAUGUAAGGGCAAUCCUGUGGAAAUAGAUGCAUAUACCUAUGAGUGUGUUAAAGAAGCCAACCUUUUUGCGCUGGGUCCCUUGGUUGGAGACAAUUUUGUUAGAUUUUUAAAGGGAGGGGCACUUGGUGUUACACGCUGUUUAGCUACAAGACAGAAGAAAAAGCAUUUGUUUGUUGAACGAGGAGGAGGAGAUGGGAUAUCUUAAACCAAAUUUAUAAAUAAAUGGACAAUUUACCAUUAAAGAUUUUUAAUAAUGGUUUUGCAGUGUACUGGCUUGAAUUUUCUGGACUUGAAUUAACUGGAGGAGAACCUCAAACUAUAGUUAACUUCAUUUUGCAGUUCCUAGAACUUGGUGGCCUGAUUUGUAUAAAAACGUAUCAAAGGUGUCACUAUUCGACAGAUAGAAACACUGCCAACUUCUUUAUAAUUUAAGCUUUCAGUAACUAAAAAUAUUCUUUUCUUCCAAGAUGUAUUUUUAAUGGUCAUUUUUGGGUUGUUUCUUCUGUUUCAUUCCAAAAUAUUACAACCUUAAAUCUAUAAAACCACACAGUCUUUAAGUGAGAAAUUGUCCUCACUGUAUAUUGGGUCACCUUGAUGCUCAAAAGGUGGUCCAGGGACCAGCAGUAUCCUCUUCAUCUGUUAGUCAUUAGACAUGGAGAUGCUCAGGCCCCACCACACUCUUACUGAAUCAGAAACUGCAUUUUUUAACAAGAUCCCCAAGGGAUAUAUGUAUGUUCAAUAAAGUUUGAGACACUGGCCUAAGUGAAAAAUGGCUAUGUAUAUAUUGCUGGGGGUGGUUUAAGGGCAAGGGGCAUUUACAACUCAGGUUUUAUUUAUUUUGAAAUUACCAAUUGUAAAUUAAUUUAUUACCAAAUAUGAUAGUCUUCUAAAAAUAUUUUUAUUGUUGGAACCUUGACACAUACUUCAUAAUCUUCUAAUAAUUUAAACAUUCCAGUAAUGUUGAUAUAUGUUUUGACAUCUGAGAACCCAAUAUAUUUUUCAGAGAUUUGUUCUCUAAUCACCAUAAAAUCUAAUAAAUCUGAUUUCUAAUAAAUUGUGAAUGGAACUACUUA